AUGGCCUGGCCGCAGUGCAACACCACGCUUGAAGAUGAAAGAAUCACCGAGGAUCCCAUAUGGCAUGGUCAAACAUUCCACCACCUUGGCCUGUGGCUCUCGAUCGUAUUUGCUCUUCUUGCGGUAGUGGCAUCAUGCUUUCUCAUCAUCAUGCACGCCAUACAUUACUCGAAACCGUACGAGCAGCGGCAUAUCAUCCGUAUACUCUUCAUGGUUCCCGUCUACGCCGUCGUCUCCUUCCUGUCCUACCUCUACUACAAUCACAGCGUCUAUUUCGAAGUCAUCCGGGACUGUUACGAAGCCUUCGCGAUCGCCUCUUUUUUCAGUUUGAUGUGCGCUUACACGGCGCCGCAAUUACACCAUCAGAAACAAUAUUUCCGCAGCAUCAGUCCAAAGGCAUGGAUAUGGCCUGUACCUUGGUUUCAGAGAUGUUGCGGUGGAGAUCGAGGCAUCUGGCGGACCCCUCGCAGUGGACUGACUUGGUUCAAUGUCAUUUGGGUAGCAAUUUUCCAGUAUUGCUUUAUCCGAGUUGCCAUGACGGUGACGGCCCUAAUCACGCAAAUCUUCGACCGAUACUGCAUCGAAUCUCUCAAUCCUGCUUUUGCCCACAUUUGGGUCAUGGUCAUCGAAGCCACUGCCGUGACCAUAGCCAUGUACUGCUUAAUCCAAUUCUACUACCAGAUCAAGGAAGAUAUCGCCGAGCACAAGCCGCUGCUAAAGGUCCUUGCGAUCAAGCUUGUCAUCUUCUUGUCCUUCUGGCAAACAAUCCUCAUCUCCUUCCUCACCUCAAGUGGCGCCAUCAAGCCCAGCAACACCAUUCAGACGCCGGAUAUCAAGAUUGGCAUUCCAUGUAUGCUCUUAUGCAUAGAGAUGGCAUUGUUCGCAAUCUUCCACUUUUGGUCGUUCAGCUACCGGCCGUACAAACUGGCCCCGAAACACAUGAUCUCGGGGGCUGUGCCGGGAGAGGCACCUGGUAACUAUCAAGGCGGUUUCUUUGGCAUCAAAGCCUUCAUCGACUCCAUGAACCCCUUCGAUAUCGUUAAGGCCAUUGGUCGGGCGGCGCGAUGGCUAUUCCAAGGACGAAAGCAUCGACACCAAGAUGCGAGCUAUGACAUUGCGCUUGGGCGGAAGCCCUUCCAGGAACCAUUCGCCGCUCCACCGGCAGACUUCUCGUAUAAUGCGUCUGCAGGACCGGCGAGACCACCGUACCAGAACGUUGCCGAAGACAUGGAGACAUUGUUACCGAACCAGCAAGGUCUGGAGAUGUCGCGUUACGAGCUGUCCGCAUACCAAGCAGGAACUCGUGACGCCUCAGAAGAGGCGGAUCUAGGGACAUCGAUUCCCAGGCAGCAGUCGGCUUAUCAGCCCUACCAUGCUCACAGUGCGAUGUCACAGCAAGAGAUAGGGGUUGCGCGGCCCUAUGAGCCUCCAGCAUAUGGGAUUGCCGCUCCACACCAGCAACACACUCGCUAUCCUCCAGCAGCAGGCCAGGCGCCUGAGAAAGACAACAUGUUCUAG